GGCCACGCCCCCACGUCGGCGCGUCUAGGGUCUUUCCGUGCGCGUUGAUAUGAUUGGCCGGCGGAAAAGUGGUCCUCUUCCUCCCUGGCUGCCCGACGAUCGCCCGCCAUCAUGAACGACACAGUAACUAUCCGGACCAGAAAGUUCAUGACUAACCGGCUACUUCAGAGGAAACAAAUGGUCAUUGAUGUCCUUCACCCUGGGAAGGCAACAGUACCAAAGACAGAAAUUAGAGAAAAACUAGCCAAAAUGUACAAGACCACACCUGAUGUCAUCUUUGUAUUUGGAUUCAGAACUCACUUUGGUGGUGGGAAGACAACGGGCUUUGGCAUGAUUUACGAUUCCUUGGAUUAUGCAAAGAAAAAUGAACCCAAACAUAGACUUGCAAGGCAUGGCCUGUAUGAGAAGAAAAAGACAUCAAGAAAGCAGCGAAAGGAACGCAAGAACAGAAUGAAGAAAGUCAGGGGCACCGCAAAGGCUAAUGUUGGUGCUGGCAAAAAGUGAGCUGGAGAUUGGAUAACAGGCGAAGGAGUAAAGAUUCUCCAGUGAUGUUAUCUGCAGCCAUUGUAUAGAUUUUUCACAAGAGGAUUAAUAAAGACUUUUCAUGUGUCUGGUUGUUUGAAA